GUUCAGUUCGUUCGCCAACGUCACAACUCCAGGAAGGCGUUUCCUUCUCUUCUGAUAUAAACACUCAUGUUCGUGUCAGUCUCUGGUACAAACCUUACUACGCAUCUUUGAAAGACUGGUUCAAGAGACACGAUGGAGUGCUGCUGUGGACUGCUAACUGCUGAGAAACAACCAGUUCCUUUAAAGGGCAUUGAAGUAGAGCUGGAGGUGAAGGACCACGUGGCCACAGUGGUGUCCACUCUGCACUAUGAGAACAAGGAGGACAAAGCCAUAGAAGCUGUUUUUGUUUUCCCUCUGCCCGGAGAUGCUGCUGUCUGCCAUUUCAGCGCUAAGGUCGGACAGACUGAGAUUGUGGCCGAGGUGAAGGAGAAACAGAAGGCCCGCGAUGAGUACGACGACGCUUUGAGCUCAGGGCAGCAGGCCUUCCUCCUGGAAGAGAGUGAGCAGAGCUCGGAUAUCUUCUCUCUCAGUGUGGGCAGUCUUCCUCCAGGAGAGAGCGCCUCCAUCAGGCUGGAGUACAUCAUUGAGCUGGCUGUACAGGCGGAUGACGCGCUGAGGUUUUGUUUGCCUGCGGUGCUCAACCCUCGCUACCAACCUCAGGGGAGUGAAGGUGGCGGCGUCCAGGUGACCUCUGUCCCCGCCUCUCAGGUGCCCUACAGUCUGUCUUUCUCUGCUCGGGUGUCUUCUCCUCGUCAGGUCUCCAAAAUCGACUCCAACUGUUCCUUGGAGCCUUUGCAGUACCUCAACGCUGAGCAAAGCCAGGCUGUCGUGAAACUGGCUGCAGGACACAAGUUUGACAGGGAUGUCGAGCUGCUGAUUUACUACAAGGAUGCCCACCAGCCGGCUGCUGUGGUGGAGGCAGGUCAGGCGCCUGCCAAGCCUGGCACACUGAUGGGAGAUGCGGUCGUGAUGCUGAGUUUGUACCCGGAGUUCCCUCAGGCAGUGAUGUCUUCACUGGCCUCAAGUGGAGAAUUUGUGUUCUUACUAGAUCGAUCUGGAAGUAUGGAUUGUCCUAUCAACAACACCAAGAAGAGUGAGACUCGCAUCAGCAGUGCCAGGGAUACUCUUCUGCUGCUUCUAAAGAGCUUACCAAUGGGCUGCUACUUCAACAUCUACAGUUUUGGAUCUAGCUUUAAACACAUCUUCCCUACAAGUGUGGAAUACAGUGAGAAGACCAUGGAAGAGGCUCUGAAGAAAGUCAAGGAGAUGGAAGCUAACCUGGGAGGAACAGAGAUCCUUCAGCCGCUCAAACACAUUUACAACCAACCCUGCAUUCCCAGUCAACCAAGACAACUUUUUGUCUUCACUGACGGCGAGGUGGGGAACACUAAAGAGGUUACCAGCCUGGUAAAGAAGAAUUCCACCUCUCACAGGUGUUUCUCUUUUGGGAUCGGCGAAGGUGCCAGCACUGCUCUCAUCAAUGGAUUGGCUAAAGAGGGAGGAGGUCACGCUCAGUUCAUCACAGGAGCCGAUCGAAUGCAACCAAAAGUGAUGCAAUCACUACGGUUUGCUCUGCAACCAACAGUGGAGGACAUCUCGGUCACAUGGGAUCUGCCACAGGGAGUAACUGCUAUUGUCCUGUCCCCGCCUCUCACAGCUAUUUUCCAGGGUCAGAGGUCACUCAUCUAUUCUCAACUCACAGGACAGAGUUCAGAGGCUAAAGACUGUUUUGUAACUGUCAAGUACAACCUGGCGGGCCAUCCAACCCAGAAUCAGAUUCCCUUCACUCUCCAACCCACAGAGGAAACUGGUUUAACAAUUCACAGGCUGAGCGCCCGGACCGUGAUUCGCUCUUUGGAGACAGAGAAGAACAACUACGAUUUAAUGCCCUUCAUGAAAAGGGAAGACAAAAAAGAGGAAGAAGAUGGAGUUAAGCAGAAAGUGGUGGAGCUGAGUGUCCAAUCAGGAGUUAGCAGUAGCCAUACUGCCUUCAUCGCUGUCCAUAAGGGGGAGAGCAGCACCACUCAAGGACCUUUACUGCGUCAAAUCAUUCCAGUUCCCUCAUUUUGUAACACGCCGCUGAUGAUGUGCAGGCAGAGUAUGCCUAUCCCUCCACCCAAUGCAUAUCGUAGAAGCAGGCCGCAGCAGAUGCGUGGCGCGAUGUGUCUGCCUAUGCCUACAUCCUUUGCACCUUGUGGCAUACAGCAGAUAGGUUUCGCAGGCCGACCUCGUGCAUGCAUAGCAUACGCUGACUGCAACAUGGGAGGGGACAUGGACGCUUCAGAUGGUUAUGGUCUAGCACUCACGCCGCCCCCUUGCAUGGACCCAUUGCUGGAGUUGGUGUCCCUCCAAAAGGCGUCCGGCUGCUGGCCGCUUGUGAAGGCUUUGGCUGUCGCGAUGGGGAAGACUAGUGAGGAAGUGGAAAAGCCAAAACCUGCAGCGGUGAGCAAGGACGUGUGGGCCACCAUCUUGGCUCUUAUUUGGCUACACGGGUUCAAGGCGGAAGCCCAGGAUGAGUGGCAGCUUCUGGCGAUGAAGGCCGUGUCUUGGCUGCGUGCUCAGAAGGCGUCGUGUGUGGCAGAGUGCGUGGCGGCUGGCAAUGCUUUGUUGGGUUGUGAGGUGUCGAAAGACACGCUGGGGAUCUGAGCCAUUUGAUUCAAGACGCCUUCCUACUUUUAACUUGUUUUCACUUGCGCCUUAUAACAUUUGCACUUGUUGGCUUCAUCUUUUGCAAAUCAACCAUUUAACAUGAAUGUCUGCAUUACCAUGUGGACCCAAUAAUAAAACAUACAUGUCAUAUUACUACAGUAAAAUCAUACCAACUUUGUUACAUGUCAUAUUCCUACAGUAAAAUAAUACCAAAGAAUAUCAGUGUGAUGUUAGUUUUAACAUAUUUAAAUACACUGUACUCCAUACUGACAAAGAUUGUAUUUCAUAUUCAGAAUGCAGUAUAGCUAAUGAUAAUACCUAUGUACCAUGAAUUGAUUUACGUGGACCCCGACUUAAACAAGUUGAUUGAUUGAUUGAAGCUUUUAUUAGUAGAUUGCACAGUGCAGUACAUAUUCGUACAAUUGACCACUAAAUGGUAACACCCGAAUAAGUUUUUCAACUUGUUUAAGUCGGGGUCGACUUAAAUUGAUUCAUGAUACAGAUAUAUACUAUCAUCAUAAUACAGUCAUCACACAAGUUAAUCAUCAGAGUAUAUACAUUGAAUUAUUUACAUUAUUUACAAUCUGGGAUGUGGGGG